GCCACUAAACUCCGACACUCUCUUUGCGCCGUGUGGCCAGAUGAUUAUGGCCUUUUUUUUAUUGUGUGGCUAUUUGCUCUUUCAUCGCUCUCUCGAUUUCGAUCUCGUCGCAGUGCCGCUUGCGAUCAUUGUGUUACUUUGGAGUCGCUGUAAAAUCGCGGGGAUCGCAUCGAAUUGGCCUUGACUGGCGUGGGGUUGAGCUAGCCGUGAAAAAGACCGUGGAGCCAAGAUAAAUCUGCCCAAAAAGGUGACAAAAAGGAGGCUACACUGUCUUGCUGGCUGUCGUGCACUGGUGUGUGUGCGUGCGCGUGUGUGUGUGUGCGGCGGUGUGUGCAAUUUUUUUCAUCACCAUUCCCAGUCCGCGUGUGUUUUUCCGUCUGCAAUCCCGCCGAGAAUUCGCCCGAAUCCUGCCCAGCAGCAGUCCCCUUUAAAUUAUACAUUUCAUUCAAAACAUUUCUGCUUUUGACGAGCAGUUUAAAAACAAGAUUCAGGAUAAAGAACCUUGACGGCUUCUCAAGGCCGUACAAUUAUGGGUUUAAAUGCCAAGAGUGUUUGUUCUACCAGCAGCACUGAGCCAAAUGGCAGCAUAGUCACAACCGCCCCCAGCAACGGAGAAGUGAGCAGCAGCAUAGUCGUCGUCGUCAGCAGCAGUAGUAUCAGUAGCAGCAGCGAUAGCCCAAUCGCAGUCCCACAUCCAGAUCCAAUCCCAUCAGCCUCGCAGCGAAGUGAAGAGCUGCCAGGAACCUCAGCCGCCUCCAGAGCCGUCGAGAUGUGCUCUUGUGAUAGCCAGAAUCUUGCAGCAUCCACAGCCGCGACUUCCAAUGGCAAUAAACGUAAACGGCGUUUAAGCAGCGAUUCAAACGAGGACCCUGAACUCGGCUUUGAGCCUCCAUCAGCUAAGCGCCAGCAGCGACUGCCCGCUCUCUAUGGCGGCGAGCAGGGCAAUCUGUCAUCGGUGGCCUCCUCGGUCUACACCUCGCCCGUUGUCUCGGUUGAUGGCCAGAGCACCCAGGAGCUGCUCAGCAUACGUAGCUCACCGGCCGAGGAGCUGCCGGAGGCGUCACACAGUCCGCUGCCGGACAGCCCGGACAGUCCGCCGAGCCCGGAUCGUGGUAGCAAGCAGACGCCAGUGGUAGUGCGUUACGCUGCGGAGCAGGUGGUGACCAGUACGGUGGUCACGCAGAAGGUGGAAGACGAUGACCUUUUGGACGACAGCUGCGAGGACUACUCGUACGACGAGGAUGAGGAGGACGAUGUCGAGGAGGAGGACGACGACGUGGAGAUCUACUCCUCCACAAUUUCUCCAGCCUCCUCCGGCUGCAGCCAGCAGCAGGCGGUGAAUGGAGAGCGUACUCCCGGCCUGGCAAAUCACCAGGAGCAGAUCCAUCAUCCGGUCAGUGACUUGAUGAUCAACAUGCGGGCGCCCAUGUCGCCGGCAGUGGAAAACGGUCUGCGCCAGUGCCCACUUCCUGCGCUCGCCUGGGCUAACGCCGCCGAUGUUUGGCGCUUGAUGUGUCACCGGGAUGAGCAGGAUUCGCGUCUGCGCAGCAUCUCGAUGCUGGAACAGCAUCCCGGACUGCAACCACGUAUGCGCGCCAUCCUCUUGGACUGGUUGAUCGAGGUCUGUGAAGUUUACAAGCUGCAUCGGGAGACCUUCUACUUGGCCGUCGACUACCUGGAUCGCUAUUUGCAUGUGGCGCACAAGGUGCAGAAGACGCAUCUGCAGUUGAUCGGCAUCACCUGCCUGUUUGUGGCCGCCAAGGUAGAGGAGAUUUAUCCGCCAAAGAUCGGGGAGUUUGCUUAUGUGACGGAUGGUGCCUGCACAGAGCGGGACAUCCUUAACCACGAGAAGAUCCUGCUGCAGGCGCUCGACUGGGACAUCAGCCCCAUCACCAUUACCGGCUGGCUGGGCGUCUAUAUGCAACUGAAUGUGAACAACCGCACUCCGGCCUCGUUCUCUCAGAUUGGCAGGCAAAAGAGCGCGGAGGCGGACGAUGCCUUUAUCUACCCGCAAUUCUCUGGCUUUGAGUUUGUGCAGACCUCACAGCUGCUAGAUCUGUGCACCCUGGACGUGGGCAUGGCCAACUACUCCUACUCGGUGCUGGCAGCGGCCGCCAUCAGUCAUACAUUUAGUCGGGAGGCGGCUUUGCGUUGUUCUGGCCUGGAUUGGCAGGUGAUUCAACCCUGCGCUCGCUGGAUGGAGCCCUUCUUCCGAGUGAUCUCCCAGAAGGCCCCCUACCUGCAGCUGAACGAGCAGAACGAGCAAGUCAGCAACAAAUUCGGCCUGGGACUCAUCUGCCCCAAUAUUGUCACCGACGACUCGCACAUCAUCCAAACGCACACUACUACCAUGGAUAUGUAUGACGAAGUGCUUAUGGCCCAGGAUGCGGCUCAUGCCAUGCGCGCUAGGAUUCAAGCCUCCCCGGCCACCGCGCUGCGCGCUCCCGAAAGUCUUCUGACGCCUCCCGCCUCUAGUCACAAGCCGGACGAGUACCUGGGCGAUGAGGGCGAUGAGACGGCGGCCAGGAGCGGCAUCUCCUCCACAACCACAUGCUGCAACACUGCCAGUAACAAGGGCGGCAAGAUCAGCAGCAACAAUUCGGUGACCAGCUGCAGCAGUAGAAGCAAUCGCUGAGAGAUUGGCCUCACUGCUCUUGGCCAUCAUCCUCUCACACUCACCACACCCGCCCAAACAGUCUACGUUAAGUGUUUCUUAUAUUUAAAUUAUUUUUGUUAAGUGAAAAGUUAUUAGUUGCCUAAUUCCUAUGCUAAAAACAUAUUUAAUUUGAAAUUAUCCACGCGCUCUUGAUUCUCAACUCGCGAUAUAAUCAUUUUCCUCGCUCAGCUUAAUAUUUAACUUUGUGUAUUUAUAGAAAAACAGAAAUAUAAUUUUAAAUGUACACUAUCUAUAAA